AUGGAACCCGUUUUGUCUUCGCAUAGCGCAAAGACAGAGUACUUCGACGCAUACCAGUUCCUUCCCGAGAACGCAAAAGCAUCCAGCAGUCAGGAGCAAACCGACUCAAUGCCAAACAAUCCAGGCAACACUCAUACACCAAACGGUGACAUCUUAGGCUCAAAGGUGGAAGGCAGCCACUCCGAGUCCAUGGAGCGCCGUUCCAAUCCUUCAGACACUAGAACACCCUCUCUCCGAUCGCUUCCUGUAUGGACGGGGGACAGAGACGAGGACACACCACUCGUUGAUAGCAUGGGUGUCGGACGCAACACUUCCCUGGGGCGGAACGCUUCAGUGCGCACAACGAGAAGUACUCGCACGGCUAGAUCGGUAGCUGAGGCGACAGCGGCCUUCCAGAGCGGAUCAGUCCUCACAGGCCCAAACGCCAAACCAGAUGUGGAUGGGAGCGUCUUCCUCCGGGGCGCCAUCGCUGAGGGGUCCUUGAGUAAGAAACAAAAACAAAAAAUCUUGAAGGAUGAGCAGCGAGAGUCGAAGCGGUUUUCCAAGCUUCUGAAGACAGAAUCUUCGUUGGAAAAGGCUGCAUUGGCACGGGCUCUCAAGUCUCUCGCAGCUCUGCAAGAUCUUCACAAGUCCGCGUGCAAACUCGAAACGAAAGCAGAGGGAGCCUACUCCAAGUCGCUGUUGGCUGCUCAGAAAGCUGAAAGUACGUUUCAUGAAGCAAAGGCUCGUGCUGAGGAGGAGCGCGCGCGGUGGGAGGGCAAGCAAGCAGAGGCCAAGGCUCAAGAGGAACGCUUGGAAGCGGAGAGGGAGACUGUAAGGGAGAUGGAGGAUCGUAUGGCGGAAUGUGCCCGCGAGGUGGAGAAAUUGAGAAUUAUGAAGGCUACAGAUGAGAGAGAAAGGGAAGCCAAGAUGGCGGAAAUGACGAGCAAGAAGAAAUGA